AUGUUAUCAGACAGCGCUUCCCAGAGGUACACAGUGCCGUCUAUCUUGGGUCAAGGAGCGCUAGGGAGAACGUAUGUUGCAGAACGAACAAGCGAUGGACGGCAGGUAGUAGUCAAGGAGAUUGACUUAGGUGCCUUCUUUACCGAUGAAGCAAUCGCCAUUGAGACAGAGCUGAACGUUUUAUUAGACGGAAAUAGCGAUUAUUUGGUUAAUGUGUAUAGCAUUUUUCGUGAUAGCGCGCUUAAUUACUUAUAUUUGGAGUCAGAGUAUUGUACGGGCGGCUCUCUCGAGGAUCUUAUCAAGCAGCAUCGAAAAGGUGGCACUUCUGCUCCAGAGCCAUUUGUCUGGGAGGUCCUAUCGCAGAUGGCCUAUGGACUCCGCGACCUGCAUAGACUGUACAAGCAGACAGAAAGAAAAGUGCUUAUACGUCUUAGACCUUCGAGUGUGUUAUUUACCAAUGCUGGAAGGCUAAAACUUGGUGACCUAAGCCCUUGUUCUCUUAGUCACAGUCUUCCGAUGCGUGUUACUUCCUCUCUGCCACCUGAGCUCUUUGAAGAUAAGAGAGCGCCUCGUGGGCCAGACGGCGGUUACGGAUUUACACCUAGUUCAGAUAUAUGGUCACUGGGCUGCAUACUUCUUGAGCUGUGUACGCUUCAAUCAGUUACGGCACUAGCAGACCCUAUAGAUGAUGUGAUCACCACGAAGAUGGAUCACUACUCGGAGGAUCUUAGAAUAAUGGUGCGAAUGUGUCUUCGAAAACAUGCAUCUGAUCGUAUUUCUAGCGAAAAUCUUUGCUUGCUACCCCAGGUGAAGCAAGCCCUUUCUCAGUUUCAAUCUAUCACGGCAUCGUGUGCCUCCCCACCCUCCCCCGGAGUUUUACGGUCAGAGUCGCGAGGACAACGGUAUAACAUGGUAGAGGGAGACACAGAGCUUAUCUUGGCUGCGGCAGUUGGAAAAGCAUUUGCAGUUCAACAAUACAUUAUGCAAGCAGGUGUAUCUAACGCUCAGGGCCAAACAGCCAUGAUGUUGGCAGCCAUGUACGGCCAUUCAGAUUGUGUUGCUUUGCUCCUGGAGUGUGAACACGGUUUACGAGAUGCAGCAGGCAAAACCGCCCUCAUGUAUGCUGCAGAACAUGGGCAUGCGGGGUGUGUAGGACUUCUUAAAGAGGCAGAGGGCGGUCUGACCAGCUCCAUCGGGCAAACAGCCCUUAUGCUGGCGGCUACAACCGGCUCCGAGGUCUGCGUUCAUCUACUUCUUACCCUUGAAAGUGGUAUGAAGGAUGCGGCAGGGAUGACAGCACUGAUGCAUGCUGUCCUCCACGAGAAGCUCUCUUGUGUUAACAUUCUGAUGCUUUGUGAGGCACGUAUCACCAAUCUAGAGGGUGAAACGGCCCUGAUUUCUGCUAUUCGCUUUGAGAACAUAGAGUGUGUUAAGAAGCUAGCUGAGCUGGAAGCAGGCAUCUCUAGUGUCGAAGGAAAGUUGGCCAUCAUUAUAGCACUUGAGCAACACUAUUUGGAAGGCUUCACUAUUCUUCUAGAACAUGAAGCAAUGACAGAGGAAGGUUGCCGUCUUGUACUUAGGUCUUUGAUGCAAAGCGAAAGUGAGGAGUUCUAUCAGACCCUAGAGGCACACGCGGCAAAGCAUAGUAUUGCGCUCGGAAGCGGACUAAGAAACCCCAAGUCUGUAUGUAAGAACAAGACAGACCUGAUGCUUGCAGCAGAGGCAGGAGACACGCAAAGAGUCAAGCAGUACCUCGAGCAGCAGGGCCAAAUCACCACUGAUGGUUGGACUGCCUUAAUGCUUGCAGCCAAGAACAACCACCUACAGUGUUGCGAGUUACUUCUGCACGAGGGAAAUAUCGGUGUGAAGGGCAGAAACACUGCACUUACCCAUGCCAUGGCAGCGAAUGCUGGACCUUGUGCAGACAUCCUUUAUCCUGUAGAAAAGUACAGUAGCAAUGUUACUAGCUUGAUGUGGCACUCUUACAAGGGAGAUAUAGAAUUUGUCGUCCAAAACCUCCGAGAUGUGCGCAAACAAACUAUUACGGGAGUAACAGCGCUGAUGUAUGCUGCACAACAGGGUCAUAUUGCAUGCGUCCAAGUUCUGGUAGACUAUGAGCUCAAGCUGCGUAGUCAAGCUGGCUGGACGGCACUCAUGUAUGCAGCCGCCUUUGGGAACGCCGCUUGCAUCUGGCUUCUCUUUGCAGAGGCCCGGCUUGAAAAUAGAGACGGAGAAACUGCACUUAUUCUGGCCACCAAGGGCGGCCAUUCGUCGUGUCUCGAUCGUCUCUGCCAGUAUGAGCACAGGCUUCGAAACAGACACGGGUGGACUGCGCUGAUGCACGCUGCUGCACAGAACGACAUCGGUGCAGUGAAACUACUGGUUCAGCACGAAGCAGGAAUUCAAGACAGAAAAGGUCAGACAGCCCUCAUGAUCGCAGUGACGAAUGGCCAUCUGGAGUGCGCAGAGAUACUUCUGAUGGAGGCUCAACUAACAACGCAUAAGUCGCUACCAUUUACGGGAGCGUUGUCAGGAUCAUCAGAUACUAAGGGAACAACUGCCCUUCUAAUUGCCAUGAGAAUGGGCUUUGCCGAGGGAACGCGGCUAUUAGGACGGCUAGAGGAUAAAUCCACUCCUGUUACCAAUUUGAUGAUUGGUGCCAGUGCGGGAAGCGUUGACCAGGUUCGGUAUUAUAUCAAUCAAGCAGGAAUGACAGAUGAAAUAGGCGCAACUGCUUUGAUGUACGCCGCAGCCGCCGGGAACGCUGCAUGUGUUGAGCUCUUGAUGGACAUCGAGGCAGGAAGAAAGACAGAUGCGGGAGAUACGGCGUUGAUGCUGGCCCUAAGGCAGAACCAUCUGGCAUGUAUGAUGCUCCUGUUGGAUAGUGAAGAGCACCUUCAUGAGUCCUCAAAGCAGUCAAUUAUUCGCACAGCAAUAGCACUAGAGAGGCGACUCUGCUUUGAUACAAUUAUUGACUAUUAUUUCGAGAAGGGGAAAAUGGAUAUAAAAGAAGUGCUUAGUACCGUGGUAUCCAUGAGGAAGACAGAAUAUAUGACUUCCCUUGGUGCAUCUGCACGGAAGUAUGGGCGUCCAGUCUGCUCAGAGCCUUUGCUACCUCGGGAACGUGUUAGACAGCCCACUGAGCUCAUGAUUGCCACUCGGGCAGGGGACACAACAGCAAUUGCUAAGCACAUUUCGCAGUUAGGAGCUCUAUGUGAAGGGAAGCUGCUUGCAGGCGGGGGAACUGCCUUACAAUGGGCAGUCUGUGCAGGACACAUUGAAGCUGCCCGGCUGUUGCUGGCGGAAGUGGGUAUUCUUAGUGAUGAUGGAUAUAGCUCUCUGCUGCGAGCAUGUGAAAGAGGGGACCGGGACAUGAUAGCCCUUUUGAUCCCUUACGAGUUGGACUUAGUUGGAGUGACCCAGCUUAUAGCAAACGCGAGUAUGGGUAACUGUAAUGCGUGUGAGCAUAUUUUAGGGGCUCCAGAAGGUGUUAAACUGCUGGGUCGGGCUACAGACACAGGCCUCACUGCCUUAAUGCUAGCAGCCAGGUACGGGCAUGAAGACGUUAUUGCCCUCUUGCGUUCCCACGAGAGCAACCUUCGUAAUCCAAAAGGUGUCACAGCACUGAUGGAGGCCGCGGUGAACAAUCACGUCGAAUGUGUCAGGCUUCUGAUUGAUGACGAAGGGGGAAUACAAAACAGUGAUGGGUUCAGUGCACUUAUGCUGGCGGCUUCGCUAGGACAUCUGGCUAUCAUAGAAGCUCUUAUCCCAGAGGAGCAUGGGAUGCAAACACACACAGGAACAACCGCCCUAAUGCUGGCAGCAAGCAGCGGUCAUGCAGAAUGCGUGCAGAAACUCGCAGCCCAUGAGGCGUGUAUCCAGAACGAAACAGGCUGGACUGCGUUGAUGUAUGCUGCAUCAAGGGGGCAUGCAGAUUGCUUAUUUCAUCUUUUCGCGGAAGCGUUCAUCCGAAAUAGGGACGGUCAGCUUGCGCUAGAUAUAGCUCUGCAACACAAUAAGUAUAAGUGUUUUGAGAUACUCCAGGGGCGUGAGGCACGAAUUCGAGGGAUGACUGACCUGAUGCUGCUAACCAUUCGCAACGAUGUGGACGCCGUGGCGCUAUUAGCAGAGUUGCAAUCCAAUUGUGAAGAUGCUGAGAGAUGCACGGCAUUAAUGUAUGCGUGUAAGUUUGGACACUUAAAGUGUGCAGAGAUCCUGGCCAAGUAUGAAGCUGGGCACCUGGAUAAGCGCGGAUAUAGCGCCCUUAUGUAUGCAAUUGAAGAAGGAAACGUGGCUUGCAUUAUGGCUGUUAUUGCUCUAGAGAUCGACGUUUGGCGAGAAAACGGUCCCAGUCCCCUUGAUAUUGCCAUCACAAAAGGGGACCACGAGCUAAUCCGGCUUGUGAAUGAAAACCUCGGAUCUAAUGUUUAUCCUGCAUAA